GUGUUGGUGCGUAGAGCGUCAAACGGUUCAAAGAGGAAGGAAGAUGGCGGAUAACAAAGGCGUAGGGGAUACAGAAAGCUCUGCAAACAUGGAUCCAGCACCUCAGGGAGAGGACAGCGGAGAACCCCCAUCGAAAGAAGCCGAUGCAGUGAUUGUUAUAGAACCAGCUACGAAGGAGGAAGAGGACGGUCAGUCGCAGGAGAUUGUUUCAGAAGCGCCGACACCCACCAGCGCAGGAGGCGAUGGUGGUGGUGGUUGCAGCGCUGGAGGAGGCGGAGACGGUAGUACCAGCAGUAGCCCGACCGGGAACGCCAAUCCAGAAACUACGGAGCCCGCUAGUACAGGGGAGGUUGUUGGGACUUCACCGGCUCCUACUACAGACAUGUCGCCUCCCCCUGUAGUCCCAACAGCCACCCCAUCUGCCCCAAUAAACCUUCUAGAUACGUGCUAUGUCUGUAAACAAAGUCUUCAGAACCGCGACUGUGAACCUAAACUCCUACCUUGCCUCCACUCGUUCUGCCUGCGAUGUAUUCCGCAGCCCGAAAGGCAGAUUAGUGUACAGGUGCCGGGCCCCCAUGGACAGGACACCCACAUAGUGAACGUCAUGCGCUGCUCCGUGUGCCUCCAGGAUUACAAGCAGAGCGACAUCGUGGAUAACUACUUCGUCAAAGACACCUCAGAGGGCUCCAGUGGCUCGGACGAGAACUCCACCCAGGUGUGCACCAGCUGCGAGGACAACGCCGGGGCGGUGGGCUUCUGUGUGGAGUGCGGGGAGUGGCUGUGCAAGACCUGCAUCGAGGCGCACCAGCGGGUGAAGUUCACCAAGGACCAUAAAAUACGCAAGAAGGAGGAGGUGUCUUCAGAGUCCGUGGGGCCGUCGGGGCAGAGGCCGGUGUUCUGUCCGGUGCACAAGCAGGAGGCGCUGAAGCUGUUCUGCGAGACGUGCGACACUCUCACCUGCCGAGACUGCCAGCUGCUGGAACACAAGGAGCACAGGUACCAGUUCUUGGAGGAAGCUUUCCAGAAUCAGAAGGGCAUCAUCGAGACCUUCAUGGCCAAACUGCAGGAGAAGAAGAACUAUGUUCACUUCUCAGCAUCUCAGGUGCAAAGCAGGAUUAAAGAGGUGAAUGAGACCCAUAAGAAAGUGGAGCAUGAGAUUAAGAUCGCAGUAUUCACGCUUAUCAACGAGAUCAACAAGAAGGGCAAGUCCCUGCUGCAGCAGCUGGAGAGCGUGACGAAGGAGCGCAGCAUGAAGCUGUUGAGCCAGCAGAGGGACAUAAACAUCCUGGCACAGCAGAUCCUGCACGUGCUGUCCUUCACCCACUGGGCCAUCAGCAACGGCAGCAGCACUGCCUUACUGUACAGCAAGAGACUGAUCACCUAUCAGCUGCGGUACAUCCUGAAGGCCCGCCUGGACCCUGUCCCCCAGGCCAAUGGGGCGGUGCGCUUCUUCUGCGACCCCACCUUCUGGGCCAAGAACGUGGUCAACCUGGGUAACCUGGUGAUCGAGAAGAUGCCCCCGUCGGUGCACCCGCCCAACGUGAUGGUGGGGCCCAUCUCCCCGGGGCACGGGCACGGCGGCGGGAAGCACCCGGGGCAGAUCAACCUGGCGCAGCUGCGGCUGCAGCACAUGCAGCAGGCUGCGUUCGCCCAGAAGCAGCAGGCCCAGGCGGCGCAGGCCCAGCAACAGGCCCAGCAGCAGGCCCAGCAGCAGGCCCAGAUCCAGCAGCAGAUGCGCAUCGCCUCCCAGAUGGCCUCCCAGCACCCCCGCCAGGCCGGCCCGCAGAUGGUCCAGCAACAGCCCCCCAGGCUCAUCAGCAUGCAGGCCCUGCAGAGAGGGGGGGUGAACGGCUCCUCACACAUGGGCUUCCCCACACACCACCUGCGCAUGCCCCCGGGGCAGGGCCGCAUGCAGACCGCCCAGCCCCGACACAACGGCCAGCAGUACCCCAUGAUGCAGCCGCAGCUACAGAGACAGCACUCAAACCCGGGCCACGCCGGGCCCUUCCCGGUGGCGUCCCUGCACAACGUGAGCGCCGCCAAUCCCACCAGCCCCACCAGUGCCAGCAUGGCGAGUGCGCACGCCCACCGAGGUCCCGCCAGCCCCAUCGUCAGCGCCAUCGAGCUCAUCCCGUCUGUGACCAACCCCGAAAACCUGCCCUGCCUGCCCGACAUUCCCCCCAUACAGCUGGAGGACGCCGGCUCCAGCACCCUGGACAACCUCCUGAGCCGCUACAUUUCAGCCAGCACACACCCGCAGCUCAAUCUCGCUGCCAGCAUGAACCCGUCACCUGGGCCUUCCACGCAUUCCCCCGGGUCCUCAGUGUUUCUCUCCGUUCGUCCCCCAGGUCUGUCGAACUCUCACACCCCAGUCAGGCCCUCUAGCACGUCCAGUACAGGGAGCCGGGGCAGCUGCGGUUCCGCAGGGCGAGCAGGGCCUGCCUUUGCGGCCAUGGAGCAGCAGGUGAAGGUGAAGCAGGAGCCGGGGGUGGAGGAGGACUGUGGCUUCUCUGGGCCCACCGUGAAGGUGGAGCGAGGCAAGGACGGGAGACGCAGCGCCUGCAUGAUGAGCAGCCCAGAGAGCAGCCUGACGCCCCCGCUGCCGGUGCUGGGCUCCGUGUCCUCGGGCUCCGUGCAGGACAUGCUGAAGACCCUGGGGGAGCAGGUGAAGUCUGAGCCCCGUGACGACAUGGGGGCGUGCAGCCGGGUGGGGGGGAUGCAGAGCAGCCAGCCGCUGGCCCCCGCGGCCCCCGCCCCGGUGAAAGAGACCACCACCGCCACCACCACUGCCAGCGGGAGCGGCGCUCAGGCUCUGACCAACGGGGACUCGGGCCCCGGGGCCGGCCGGGCCCCCGGAGGGGCCUCCUCCACCCACCGCUCCCCCCGGGGGGGCGGCACCGGUGCAGGGGCGCAGGGGAACAGCCACGGCUCGGCGGCGGGGAAAGAUGACGAUCCGAACGAGGACUGGUGCGCCGUGUGCCAGAACGGGGGCGAGCUGCUCUGCUGCGAGCGCUGCCCCAAAGUCUUCCACAUCACCUGCCACAUCCCCACCCUCAGCUGCUCCCCCAGUGGGGAAUGGAUGUGCACCUUCUGCCGAAACCUGUCAAAGCCAGAAGUGGAGUAUGACUGCGGCACAACGCAGGAGAGCAAGGAGAGCAAGGAGAGCAAGGACAGCAAGGAGAACAAGGACAGCAAGGAGAACAAGGACAGCAAGGAGAGCAAGGAGAGCAAGGACAGCAAGAAGAGCAAGAACGACAAGGCCCUCAGCCCCGAAGACCAGAGGAGGUGUGAGCGCCUCUUGCUGUACAUCUUCUGUCACGAGCUGAGCGUGGAGUUCCAGGAGCCCGUCUCCUCCUCUGUCCCCAACUACUACAAGAUCAUCAAGCGGCCCAUGGACCUGAACCUGGUGAAGAGGAAGCUGGAGCCCUGGCACACGCACCACUACCAGAGCCCGCAGGAGUUUGUGGCCGACGUGCGCCUCGUCUUCACCAACUGUGCCAAGUACAACGAGAUGUCUCGAAUAAUCCAAGUUUAUGAUGAGGAGAAACAGAUUAAUGUCCAGGCGGACUCGGAGGUGGCCGAGGCGGGGAAGGCGGUGAGUCUGUACUUUGAGGAGAAGCUGACGGAGCUCUAUCCGGACCAGAGCUUCCCCCCCCUCCCCGAACCGGAGGAGCGGGUGGAGGGGCGCGCCGACCAGGACGACGACGAGGUCACCGAGGACUCGGACGACGACGACUUUGUGCAGCCCCGACGCAAGCGGUUAAAAACGGACGAGAAACUCAUGCACAUCAAGUGAAGCCGCGCCGCUGGCUGACGUGUUAGAAACAGGGGGGGGAUGGAGAUGUACGAAAAGAUGGUCUGUC